AUGAAGGAUGGAUGGGCAGCCAUCGCUCCAGACUUCUCGCAGAACUUGCUGAAGGCCCAAACUUUGGCCCGACUCGGCGGCGACAUCUUGAUCGAGUGCAAGCCUCGGAUGUCUCCUCGGGGCGUCAUUUUGUGGAGGAAGGGCAAAGAAGCGUUGCGAGAAAGCCACAGAGUCACUGUGUUGGAAACUGGAAGCCUGAGAAUCGCCAACGUCACCAAGAUGGACGCCGGGCUGUACACGUGCGUGGCCAGGAACCAGUUUGGAGUGGCGAGCAGUGCUGGAAGUCUGUUGGUGAAAGAAUCGACCAGCAUUACCAGCCCGGCGGGUCAUCUGGAUGUGACAGUGGGAGAGAGUAUAGUCCUGCCCUGUCAGGUUUCUCAUGAUCCAACGCUGGAGCUGAAAUUCACCUGGUUUUUCAACGAGCAGCUCAUCCACUUCGGGAGUCAUGGAGCCUAUUUUGAAAAAGUUGGAGGGCGCUCCGCCGGUGAUAUCAUGAUCAGGAACAUUCAGCUGAGGCAUGCUGGGAAAUACACAUGUGCCGUUCAAACCAAAGUGGACAGCGUGUCAAUAGCUACAGAUGUGGUUGUUCGAGGCCCCCCUGGCCCCCCUGUGGACUGUCAGGUGACUGGCGUGACUGAGACCACUGCCUCCGUGUCCUGGCGUCCCGGUCUGGACAACCACAGCCCCAUCCUAAGCUACGCCAUCCAGGCCCGCUCCCCCUUCUCCCUGGGCUGGCAGGCAGUGACCACUGUUCCAGAGCGGCUGGGGGGGAAGCAGCUGUCAGCCGUGGUGUCGGACUUGAAUCCCUGGGUGGAGUACGAGUUCAGAGUACUGGCUACAAACACCAUCGGCACGGGAGAGCCCAGCCGAGCAUCCAAACGAGCUCGCACCAAAGAGACGCCGCCCAGAUUGACCCCGGCCCGUGUCAGCGGAGGUGGAGGAGGCCGCUCCGAGCUCGUCAUCACCUGGGAGCCUGUUCCUGAGGAGAUGCAGAGUGGGCCAGGGUUCGGGUAUGUGGUGGCUUUUCGUCCGCUGGGAGCUCCAGGCUGGAUGCAGGCCGCAGUCACCUCCCCAGACGCCUCCAGAUAUGUGUUCAAGAAUGAGAGCAUCCCACCAUUCUCGCCCUACGAGGUCAAAGUGGGCGUUUACAACAACAAGGGGGAAGGGUCUUUCAGCCCUGUCACCACCAUCCACUCUGCCGAGGAAGAGCCCAGCCGAGCCCCGGGGAGGCUGAGAGCGCACAGUUUAUCCGCAUCCGAGGUGGAGGUCACCUGGAAGCCCCUGGCCUGGAGCAACCACCGCAGACGCAUCCUGGGAUACGAGUUGCGUUACUGGGGGGAGAAGGAGAAGCAGGACACGGCGCGUGUUAUGAGGACUGUGGGCAACAGAACCUCCAUCAUGUUGCGGGACCUCGAGGGCAGCAGCACCUACAGCCUGAGCCUUCGGGCCUACAACAGCGCCGGAGUGGGACCACACAGCAACGUCGUCAACGUCACCACCAAGAAACCACCCCCCAGCCAGGCCAUCUCCAAGAUCAUGUGGAACACCUCUAACUCCAAGGUCAUCCUCAAGUGGGACCAGGUUCAUGCACUGGAGAAUGAAUCAGAAGUAACUGGAUACAAGGUCAUGUACAGCCAGGACCAGCACAGCAGCCCCAGUGUGGUGGAGACAAACACCACGUCUCUGGAGCUGUCGCUGCCCGUGAACCAGGACUACGUAAUCCAGAUUAAGCCUUUCAGUGAAGGAGGGGAGGGCAGCAGCAGCAGGCAGAUCACCAUACCCAAGGUGGCAGGCUCGGUGGUCAUGGGAGCAGCUCCUCGAUCCUUGGCGUGUCCUUUUCUCAGCACGGCUCUGCUCCUCACAGUCCACAGCAUCUUAUGA